AUGGCCGACCUUGAGAAAACCAACCGCGAGACUAAUGCCGCGCAAUUCAUCGAAUAUAUCACGCCCCGCCGCAGCUUAUAUCCUGUCAUUGAUCCCAUCAAAGCCAAUCUCGCUGGGAAAUCUGUUCUCGUCGCCGGCGCCUCAAAGGGCAUUGGCAAGGCCACCGCCAUAGCCUUCGCAGCUGCCGGCUGCUCUAAGAUUGCAAUUGCCGCGCGCUCAGGACUUGAUGACGUUACAAAGGCCGUUAAAGAUGCUGCGGCUAACGAAGGUCGGCCAGAGCCUUUGGUACUGAGCUUGUCAAUGGAUGUAACGUCGGAAGAAUCAGUGAAAGCUGCAGCUGAAACUGUCGCUGAAAAGUUUUCUGGGUCCCUCGACGUUCUAAUCUGCAAUGCUGGCUAUUUGGAGCAGUGGCUUCCAAUCGCUGAGACACAGCCUGACGACUGGUGGAGGUCAUGGGAAGUCAAUGUCAAGGGCACAUAUUUGUGCCAUCGGUUCUUCAUCCCACUUUUGCUCAAAUCGCAGACAAAGACGAUUAUUAAUUGUAGCAGCAUCGGCGGACAUAGAGUCAUGCCCGGCGCUUCAAGCUACCAGACCGCCAAGUUUGCGCUCGCCCGAUUCUCUGAAUUUGCAGAUACCGAGUACUACCAGCAGGGGUUGAUUGCUAUCAACGUACAUCCUGGAAGUGUUCCCACAGAACUGGCGCUUAACAUGCCCGAGUCUAUGCACAAGGCUCUGAUUGAUCCACCGGAGCUGGCAGCUCAUACAUUCGUCUGGCUUACUAAAGAGAGACGUGCGUGGUUGUCUGGUCGGUUCAUUAGUGUAUGCUGGGACAUGGAGGAGCUCGAGAAGAAGAAGGACGAGAUUCUUCAGAAGAAUGCACUCAAGUUUCGCAUAGUGCUAUAG